ACGGCUGCUUAUUUUUUUUAUCUAUUUUGAUCUAAUUACUACAAACGAGACUCGUUUCCACAGAUGUUUUUUAUUUUCUUUUAAUUACGAGAUAAAAUAUGGCAACCUAAAAAAAAAUUACGAGUCUAAUUUUGGCUCGUAAAAUGCGUCAACAUAAAUAAUAAAUGCCGUAUUCGUCCGUCGUCACGAUCGAACGGCCGAGACGGUUUCCUCUAUCGGAUAUAACUAAUGGAUUAAUAAUUAGAAUAAUCAAUAGUCGCCGACAUUUCAAAAUGCCAGAAGAUAUGCAACAACAGAUUCUUAGAGAGACUUUUCAGUUAGUGUCAAAGCGAGAUGAUAACGUGUGUAAUUUUUUGGAAGGAGGAAGCCUGAUAGGUGGAUCCGACUACAAACUGAUCUAUAGACAUUAUGCAACUCUGUAUUUUGUAUUCUGUGUGGAUUCGUCCGAAAGCGAACUCGGAAUAUUAGAUUUGAUUCAGGUUUUUGUCGAAACUUUAGACAAAUGUUUUGAAAACGUUUGCGAACUUGACCUUAUAUUUCACGUGGAUAAAGUCCAUUUUAUUUUGAACGAAUUAGUGAUGGGUGGUAUGGUCCUGGAAACAAACAUGACCGAAAUUGUCACUCGAAUUGACGAGCAAAACAAAAUAGAGAAACAAGAGGCCGGAAUAUCCGCCGCACCCGCUAGAGCAGUGUCGGCCGUGAAAAACAUGAAUCUUCCGCAACAGAUAAAAGACAUAAAAUUACCAGAUCUUCCAUCCAUUGGCGGUCUAAAAUUUUAAUACUAUCGACCGGUUCGAAACGACGACUUUGUGAGAGCGAGUCAAAUCCGUUUCGGCGACAUUUAUUAAUUUAUUUCACCCUCCGACCGCAGUCCGAAUUCUUGUGAUAAUUUGAUUACGAAACUCUGUCUAAAAAUGCAUUGAUAUUUCAGUUUCUUUUUAUUUCUAAAUGAAAAAUGUUUAGAUGGAGGCAUUGUUACAAUUCUGUGUUUGUACGCGAAAGACAACCACAAACGAUGUACAAAAUAUUCAUAAGGUCUCGUAAUUGUUUGUGAUGUUGCAAUUUUACAUAUUGUAAAUAAAGGUAUUUACUAAAAAUUA